AUGUGUUGUUGCAAGAAGAAGAAACACAAACGAUCACGACCGCGACCCUGUCCCUUGACCAUCAAUCGUCGCAAUCUAAAGACAGCAAUCGCAAGCCAAGGCGAAUCUUCCUCGUCCAAGGAUGUCGCGGAAGAAACAACUUGUAUUUCGAACACUGAGGUGAGGAAACACCGGAAGAAGGUCACAGACAGUGAAGAUACUACUGCAAGCAAGUCGUGCAAAUCCAGCAAAAAGGUUGAGCGGAAAGUGGUGAGUUUGGCUUUUUAGGAGUUUUGGAUCAAAAAAUAAAUUUUUUCGAAAAAAAAAUUUUAUGUUUUUAAAAAAAAAAAUUUUAUUUUAAAAAAAUUAUGAAAAUGGCUAAAAAAAUUCAAAUUUUGUUGAUUUCUUAGCUAAAAUUACCCUUAUCUCCUACAAAAAAAUCAAAAAAGACCAAUUUUAGCAGCUUACCUACAACUUUUUUGAAAAAAUUUUGCCAUUUUUGAAUUAUUACCCAUUUUUUAAAAAUGUCAGAAAAAACUAACGGUUAAAGAAAAGAAAAAGUCUAAAAAUAGCAAAACAGUACGCGAAGAUGCAAAAAGCAUUCAACAGGUCUUGAAUGUAAGAGGACAUCAAGUGGACGCAAAACAAAUCCAACCACUGCUUCAGAAGAAAGAAACUAAAGGCAAAAUCACUGCCAAGACUAAACAGGGUAAGUAUGAGGCUGAGCAGGGUAAGAGGUUAAGCAGGGUAGGUAGGAGGCUAAAUAAGGUAAUUGAGAGGUUAAGCAGAGUAAGUAACAGGGAAGGCAGAGUAGGUAACAGGUUAAGCAAGGUAAGUAGUAGGUUAAGCAGGGUAAGUAACAGGCUAAGCGGGGUAAGUAACAGCUUUGAAAACGUAAAAUGUUAAAUUCCUUUGAAAAAGAAUUACAAUUUUGUAUAUUAUUUUCGGAAAAGUUUUAAAGAUUUCAAAUUUGAAGUUGUAUGUUUGAAAAUAGAUUCAAAAUUAAAAAGUUUUAAAUUCUCUAUAUACGAACUACCUUCUAAUAACAAGAAAAAAGAAGGGUAGAAAAAAAAGAAAAAGUACUAUAGCGAAGAAGAAGAAGUCACGGAUCGUCCUGACGUCUUGGUAAGUUUAAAAAUGCCAUACUGAUCAUUAGUAUGCUAAAUAUAUAAUAUGCACAUAUAUAUAUAUAUUUACGUAAUUUUUACAGUACAAGAGUUGGCCGCUCUUAUUGUUCAUAAUACAGUAAAAAACUUUAAAAAUUGUUCACUUUACUCAAAAAUUCAAAAAAAAAUUAACGUUUCAGAACGAGAAAACGGCUGAAGGAACAGUCGACUCAGAUACACCUAUAGCUAAUAACAAGGACAGCGAUGAGGAAGGUGAAGAAGUGACGGAGAAGAACUACAUGUAUAAUGAGAAAGAGAUCCUAUAUGUAAACCGGGAAAUGCUAAGCGAAGGACCUUUGGAUUGCAUUCUGGAUGGCUUUGAUGAUGAUGAGCGAGCGGUAAGAUUUGGGACGGAAUGUCACAAAAUGUAUUGGGAAUAAUUUAUUGACCAAAUGUCAAGAUAAGUUAUGUUAAUUCAAAGAUAAGGAAACGACACUAAACUUGUUGUUAAAAUUCGAAUGACGAAAUGUCACAAAAUUUAUUGGAAAAUUGAAAAUAACGAAAUGCCACGAAAUUUAUUGGAAAAACCGACUUUUUACAAACUCGCCAGAAAAAAUUGAAUUUCGAAUCUCAAAAAAAAUUUUUUGAAUUUUUUAAAAUUUGUAAAAAUGCUUUUUUUUCAGAGAUCGAUCGAAAUGCUGCCCAAGAUCCCUCAUAUUGUUUGGGACCCUUUUCAACCUCUCGAGAAGCUAGAAGACGAUGUCAGAGAGUUUCUGUUCUCUUGUCAGUACCUUCGUCGAAGCUCGCUGUUAUCACACACGAGCACAAUGCCUAAAGCUCCAAAACCGCCUCGAGCUAAACCUCACGCACGGUAAGUAAUAGUGGCGACUUUCACUGUCUAAUGUUGUCAUCACCAGUUCCAACAGCUAAUAACACAACUCGUUUCAGAAUAGUGACCCUAAACAAGAAGAUUCUCUCGUUAGACGCCUUCAAAAGGCCAAAAGUUGAGAUAACCGAAGAAGAAAUCGAACCUUCAACAUGUACUGGCAAUUGUUCGCAGAAGACCACCUCAGACAAGAGAUCGAACAAAGGAUCAUUGGGACGAACCAGGACUUCCACCAAAACAUCCAGGGACGAAUCCUGUGAUUCGGCCUGA